AUGGGUCACAAGAAGGCUGUCGUUGAAAAUCUUUUGGCCGACAUCCCUGACUCAGUUGACGCUCAACCAGCACAAACCCAGCCUCAACCAAAGUCAAAGCCAAAACGUCUGAAGAAGGCUCAGCCCAAGGCAACGGUGACUCAAAUUGACACUGAGGGCACCUUUCCAAUUUCUAAAUUGGCCGAGAGCGAGAAGACCCCUUCUGCUGCCGAGAAGAGGCCCGCCGAGGCCCAACCAUCCGAAUCUACUAAAUCAAAAAGGUUGAGGUCAUCCUCUGCGACCACCUCGAGGCCAUUAAAACAUGAUUCCCCCUGGGCCCCUCCAAUCACAAUCGACGACAAGCCAGUUAAGGCUAGUGAUAACGCUAAUGACAUUGAGCAUUCUGUUCAAGCGAUCCAGCACACCCACUCAUUCUCAAUGCAAUCUUUUGAGACAAGGAAAGAGUUGGCCGACAAGACUAGGGAGGCUGCUAGUCUACAAAGGGCAGCUAAGAAGACUGAGGCCAAGAUGAAGACUUUAUCAGACCAGGCCGAGGAAGCCAUUAAGGCUGAAGAUGAGGCCGAGGAAAAAGCGGAUGCUGCAGAGGCCAUCGCCAUAGUCCUCACGGCCAAAAAGAAAGAGGCCGAGGCCAAGAUGGCUGAGGCCCAAAAGGAACUUCAACAUGCCCUGGCCACAAAAGAGGCCGAGAUCAAGGCUGCUGAUGAGAGGGCGUAUGCUGAGGGGGCGGCCGACGUCAAGGAGGACUACAAAAAGCAAGUGAAGCAGCUUGAUGCCCUCGAGGACUCCCCCCUCAAGAAUGUCGACGUCCUCUCCCUUCCAUUCCCCCCAACUCCAAGCCAAUCUAAAGACAAUUCUAAGUCUGAGGAGGAAGCUUUGGUGAGGAAACCGAAAGAAGCUGUUGCGGCCAAGUCCCCUACUCCAAAUAAACAAGUCCUAGACUUGACUCAUGACGAGGACGGUGAGGUCUCCAAAGACACUAUUCCUGAUAAGGCAACAUCAGACGUGCCUAUUGCCGACAAGAGCCUCGACCAAACUCUUCAAGAAAUCGAUGUCGAGCUCGCGACUGAGAGGGCCGCCGAGAUGUCUUCUCAGCAAUCUUCCGAACUCCAGACCCAACCGCCUAAAGACGCCGAAGAGUCUUAG